GAUACCAUCGUCUUUCUCAGAGUCAUUGUGUGAAGAUGGUGUGUCUGAAGCAUGGCAAUGGGAAUGCUCAGUUAAUGACAGCUGCUGGUAGUGUCGGGCCGUGGUGGUGGUAUUAAUACCAUCUCAUUCCUUUCCUCCUGCAGCAUGUCGUGGUUUAGUGGCCUCCUGGUCCCCAAAGUGGAUGAACGGAAAACAGCCUGGGGUGAACGCAAUGGGCAGAAGCGUCCACGCCGUGGGACUCGGACCACUGGUUUCUGCACACCCCGCUAUAUGAGCUGCCUCCAGGAUGCACAGCCACCCAGCCCCACCCCUGCAGCUCCCCCUCGGUGCCCCUGGCAGGAUGAGGCCUUCAUCCGGAGGGGUGGCCCAGGCAAGGGCAAGGAGCUGGGGCUGCGGGCCGUGGCCCUGGGCUUUGAGGACACUGAGGCUGUGGCGGCUGAGGUGGUGCCCAGUGUGGCCCCCAGGAGCAGGCGAUCCUGCUGGCGCCGUCUGGCGCAGGUGUUCCAGUCGAAGCAGUUCCGCUCAGCAAAGCUGGAGCGCCUGUACCAGCGGUACUUCUUUCAGAUGAACCAGAGCAGCCUGACGCUGCUGAUGGCGGUGCUCGUGCUGCUCACGGCCGUGCUGUUGACCUUCCAUGCCGCGCCUGCCCAUCCUCAGCCUGCCUACGUGGCCCUGCUAGCCUGUGCCGCUGCCCUCUUCGUGGCGCUCAUGGUGGUGUGUAACCGACACAGCUUCCACCAGGACUCCAUGUGGGUGGUGAGCUACGUGGUGCUAGGCAUCCUGGCGGCUGUGCAGGUCGGGGGUGCCCUGGCAGCCAACCCCCACAGCCCCUCUGUAGGCCUCUGGUGCCCCGUGUUCUUUGUCUACAUCACCUAUACGCUCCUACCCAUCCGCAUGCGGGCAGCUGUCUUCAGCGGCUUGGGCCUCUCCACCCUGCAUUUGAUCUUGGCCUGGCAACUCAAUCGUGGUGAUGCCUUCCUCUGGAAGCAGCUCGGUGCCAACAUGAUGCUCUUCCUCUGCACCAACGUCAUUGGCAUCUGCACACACUACCCGGCUGAGGUGUCUCAGCGCCAGGCCUUUCAGGAGACCCGCGGUUACAUCCAGGCCCGGCUGCACCUGCAGCAUGAGAAUCGGCAGCAGGAGCGGCUGCUGCUGUCAGUAUUGCCCCAGCAUGUUGCCAUGGAGAUGAAAGAAGACAUCAACACAAAGAAAGAAGACAUGAUGUUCCACAAGAUCUACAUCCAGAAGCAUGACAAUGUUAGCAUCCUGUUUGCGGACAUUGAGGGCUUCACCAGUCUGGCCUCCCAGUGCACUGCGCAGGAGCUGGUCAUGACCCUGAAUGAGCUCUUUGCCCGCUUUGACAAGCUGGCUGCGGAAAAUCACUGCCUGAGGAUCAAGAUCUUAGGGGACUGUUACUACUGUGUAUCAGGGCUGCCAGAGGCCCGGGCAGACCACGCCCACUGCUGUGUGGAGAUGGGAGUGGACAUGAUAGAGGCCAUCUCGCUGGUGCGUGAGGUGACAGGUGUGAACGUGAAUAUGCGUGUGGGCAUCCACAGCGGGCGAGUGCACUGUGGCGUCCUUGGCCUGCGAAAAUGGCAAUUCGAUGUGUGGUCCAAUGAUGUGACUCUGGCCAACCACAUGGAAGCUGGGGGCCGGGCUGGCCGCAUCCAUAUCACUCGGGCCACGCUGCAGUACCUGAACGGGGACUACGAGGUGGAGCCUGGCCGUGGUGGCGAGCGCAACGCAUACCUCAAGGAGCAGCACAUCGAGACCUUCCUCAUCCUGGGAGCCAGCCAGAAACGGAAAGAGGAGAAGGCCAUGCUGGCGAAGCUGCAGCGGACGCGGGCCAACUCCAUGGAAGGGCUGAUGCCACGCUGGGUGCCCGACCGCGCCUUCUCCCGGACCAAGGACUCCAAAGCUUUCCGUCAGAUGGGCAUUGAUGAUUCCAGCAAAGACAACCGGGGUGCCCAAGACGCCCUGAACCCCGAGGAUGAGGUAGAUGAAUUCCUGGGCCGUGCCAUUGAUGCCCGCAGCAUCGAUCAGCUGCGCAAGGACCAUGUGCGCCGGUUCCUGCUCACCUUCCAGAGAGAGGACCUUGAAAAGAAGUACUCACGGAAGGUGGACCCCCGCUUUGGAGCCUACGUGGCCUGUGCCCUGUUGGUAUUCUGCUUCAUCUGCUUCAUCCAGCUCCUCAUCUUCCCACACUCAACCCUGAUGCUUGGGAUCUAUGCCAGUAUCUUCCUGCUGUUGCUGAUCACUGUGCUGACCUGUGCCGUGUACUCCUGUGGCUCUCUCUUCCCUAAGGCGCUGCAACGGCUGUCACGCAGCAUUGUCCGCUCGCGGGCACACAGCACUGCAGUUGGCAUCUUUUCAGUACUGCUUGUGUUCACCUCCGCCAUCGCCAGCAUGUUCACCUGUAACCACACCCCAAUACGGACCUGCGCAGCCCGGAUGCUGAAUUUAACACCCGCCGACAUCACUGCCUGCCACCUGCAGCAGCUCAAUUAUUCUCUGGGCCUGGAUGCUCCCCUGUGUGAGGGCACCGCACCCACCUGCAGCUUCCCCGAGUACUUGGUCGGGAACAUGCUGCUGAGUCUCUUGGCCAGCUCUGUCUUCCUGCACAUCAGUAGCAUCGGGAAGUUGGCCAUGAUCUUUGUCCUGGGGCUCAUCUAUUUGGUGCUGCUUCUGCUGGGUCCCCCAGCCACCAUCUUUGACAACUAUGACCUGCUGCUUGGCGUCCAUGGCUUGGCUUCUUCCAAUGAGACCCUUGAUGGGCUGGACUGCCCAGCUGCAGGGAGAGUGGCACUCAAAUAUAUGACCCCUGUGAUUCUGCUGGUGUUUGCACUGGCGCUGUAUCUGCAUGCCCAGCAGGUGGAAUCGACUGCCCGCCUGGACUUCCUCUGGAAACUGCAGGCAACAGGGGAGAAGGAGGAGAUGGAGGAGCUCCAGGCAUACAAUCGGCGGCUGCUGCAUAACAUUCUGCCCAAGGACGUGGCUGCCCACUUCCUGGCCCGGGAGCGCCGGAACGAUGAACUCUACUACCAGUCAUGUGAGUGUGUGGCUGUCAUGUUCGCCUCCAUUGCCAACUUCUCUGAGUUCUACGUGGAGCUGGAGGCAAACAAUGAGGGCGUCGAGUGCUUGCGGCUGCUCAAUGAGAUCAUUGCUGACUUUGAUGAGAUCAUCAGCGAGGAGCGCUUCCGGCAGCUGGAGAAGAUCAAGACGAUUGGUAGCACCUACAUGGCUGCCUCGGGGCUGAAUGCCAGCACCUAUGAUCAGGUGGGCCGCUCCCACAUUACUGCUCUCGCCGACUAUGCCAUGCGGCUCAUGGAGCAGAUGAAGCACAUCAAUGAGCACUCCUUCAACAAUUUCCAGAUGAAGAUUGGGCUGAACAUGGGCCCAGUUGUGGCAGGCGUCAUUGGGGCUCGGAAGCCGCAGUAUGACAUCUGGGGGAACACGGUGAAUGUCUCUAGCCGUAUGGACAGCACGGGGGUCCCUGACCGAAUCCAGGUGACCACGGACCUGUACCAGGUUCUAGCUGCCAAGGGCUACCAGCUGGAGUGUCGAGGGGUGGUCAAGGUGAAGGGCAAGGGGGAGAUGACCACCUACUUCCUCAAUGGGGGCCCCAGCAGUUAGCAGGACCCAGCUACCAAUUCAGCUGAAGGGACCAAGGUGGGCAUUUGAGAGGACUCUGUGCUCACUGGGUGGAGCUGUGGCAGGGGCACUGAGCCUCCAGACCCUGCUGAUCACAAAAAGGGACACCCCAGCAGGCCAUGCUUGGACCAUGCUCGUCUGCCCUCAGGCUGGUGAAUGAGGGGAUACCAAGAGGAUUAUGCAAGUGACUUUCUUUUUUAAUUGGGGUAGGGCUGUUCCGUCUCCUUUCUUCCAGCUUUUGGGAGCAGGGGAGGGGGCAGCAGCAGAGGCAGCGGGAGCCCUCCUGCCUGAGAGAUUAAAAUGGCAGCUUGCCAUGCCUACCCUUUCCUGUCUGUCUGGGCAACAGGCUUAGGGCUGGGCCCUUCCUUUCCCUCUUUUUCCUGGGAAUAUUUUGUACAAAGACUGGGGCAGGCAUGAGGAGUGCCUAUUCCCUGCUUGCCUUUGCUCUGCCUGCAUCCCCAGCACUGGUCCUGGGUACCCCCACCCCAGCCAGAUCUCCCUCCUAGACACAGGGCAAAGGAGGGAGGUGCUCUGGGGACCCAGUUCUGUCCAUAUUUCAGGGGAAUAUUUCCAGUUGCCAAAUCCUAGUCCCAUGAUCUGUCCCCAAAGGGGAACAAAGGGACUUCUGACAGCUCAGAUUUGGCCCCAGUUCCUGCACAGUUCCAAGGAAAGGGGCAUCUGGCUUCAUUGGUACUGUGAAGAUGCCCAGCCCGAGAGCAAGCGUGUGUGUGGGGAUGUCAGAAGAUCAGGAGCUGGAAGUUCACCUGCAGGUGCCAAAGAGAGCAGGCUGGCCAGGGAGUGGGAUGGUGCCAGACUCUGAUCUGAGGGCCCAACAGGGUCAGGAUCAGGUCACUCUGCCCCAGUGCUCUCUUGCCAUCUGCUGGCAAGGGGAGCAUCUCUGCCCUUUCUGCUGUCAAACUGAAAAGGGCCAAGGUGGAAGGUGACCCUGAACCCAAACCUGUCCUCCCAGGCCUAUGGCACUGGGAUGGCCUGUGUGUCUGUGUAACGUGCGUGCAUGUUGCUCUUUGUGUGCGGGUCUGUGUGUCCUUGGCUCCUGCUCCUCAGCUCUCCACCCUGGGUUGCCUCUCUCCCGUGAGCCUCUGUCUUCUGGGAAUAAGGCAGGGUUUCCGAUUUCAAGGGAUGGAGAGAGAUGCCCAGGUUGCACAAAAGUGGGAUGGGGUGUGGUAGCAAGAGGAAAGUGGCCCUGGGGAGAGGAGUCCUUUUUGUGCCAAAUCCCAAAGUGCUGUUUGGGGGCCACGUGUGCAGCAUGAUUGACUCCCUGCCUGGGGCAGGGACCAAGCCUGAACUGUCUAGGGUUUGGUCGGCAGAGGCUCAGGAAUUUCCUGGGCUCCCCAGCUGGUGUUCUAGGAUGUGGUAUGCUUUGGGACUGGGGUAGCAUGGGAUCCCUCUGAGGACCCAGAUACUGGUACUAGGGGGUGGGGUAGGGGAACCUGAAACUCAGCCUGAGUCUAGCAUGUUCCUGCCUCCCCAAUCCCUGUGAAGCCUGCAAGGGCUGGCAGGAGGGCAAGGAGGUUGGCACCAGAUUCCUUUCCUAUCCCUGCCUUCCUUAGAUCCCUUUCCCUGCAACCUCCUUUGCCUCUGGCCUGAAUUAGUUGGUGCCUUGGUUUCUGUCUGUACCUAUUUAAGCCAGAGGCAUUAGCCUGAAUUUUGCUUGAAGAUCGCUUUCUCUUGGAGGCAAUUAGAGAGCAGAGGAAAGAAGGUUCCAGAGUUGCUGGGUUUGAGGAGCGGAGGGGGCAGGUGGCACUCUUGCCCUUCCUCAUGCCCUUUCUGACUCUAGCUCCUUGCAGAUGCCUGGUUUCUGGCUCAAACUGCCUGCCUUGGGGGAUCUUCAUGCAUCAACCAAAUGGGCCAUCAGGCACUUCAUUAGCCAAGGCAGCAAAAGGGGAAAAGACUAGCUGGUCCAGACAGAAAGUCAACUCCCCUUCCCCCAGCCAUAUCCCUGGGUAGGAAGGGACUGCUUGGAGCCCUGGGGUGGGGGUGAGGGUGUAAGGAGACCAGAGUGGGAAGACCUCAGUCUUGGGUGACUUAUCUCUGCUUCUUGCCAGGUGGGAGGGGCCUGUCCACACCCUGGCUUCCCACACCACAGUGCCAGCCAUGCCCUUCCUCGGGCUACCAUUGCCCCCUUCCUCACUGUUGGUGGGGGGUCAGUGGGUGGGAGGCCCAUGGACUUUGGUUUUAUAAUGUAACCACUGUGGGGGGGGAGGGUGGUAUACCAUGUAUUUCAGUGAAA